CCGUCUUCGUGUUCCGAGGUGAUCUGCGCGUGUCAUUGGAAAUAAAGUUUUCUUAAUGUUUUCAAUGCGAAAUUCAAUAGUAAUUAUAUCAAAUUAAUAAAUCGUGUGUAGUGAUUAUGUGCUGUUAUCUUGUGAGUAGCUGAGGUGUACGAUAAGGGUGUCGUUGCAUGGUGGGGGAGAGGAGAAGGCAAGAGGAUGGGGGACAGCUUCUUGCACCUGGGGGACAUUGUCUCCCUCUACGCGGAAGGGACUGUCGCGGGAUUCCUCAGUACUUUAGGGUUGGUAGAUGACAGGUGCGUGGUCUGUCCAGAGGCUGGCGACCUGACUGAUCCACCCAAAAAGUUCCGAGAUUGCCUGUUCAAAAUAUGUCCCAUGAACCGGUACUCGGCUCAAAAGCAGUUCUGGAAUACGGCCAAGCAGUCUGCGAACCCUAACGCGGACACCGGACUGCUGAAGAGGUUACACCAUGCCGCUGAGAUCGAGAAGAAGCAGAACGAUUUGGAGAAUAAGAAACUUCUGGGGACUGUCGUGCAGUACGGCAGCGUCAUACAGCUGCUGCACGUCAAGUCCAACAAGUAUCUUACGGUAAAUAAGCGACUACCCGCAUUGCUCGAGAAGAACGCGAUGCGGGUCCAUCUGGACGCUAACGGAAAUGAGGGCUCCUGGUUUUACGUAAUGCCUUUCUACAAAUUGCGGUCGACUGGGGACAAUGUGGUGGUCGGUGAUAAAGUGAUAAUGAACCCGGUGAAUGCGGGACAGCAAGUGUUGCACGUCUCCUCCAACCACGAGCUUCCGGACAACGCCGGCUGUAUGGAGGUGAACGUAGUCAAUUCCUCCACAUCCUGGAAAGUCACCUUAUUUCUCGAGCACAAAGAGAACCAGGAGGAGAUAUUGAAAGGUGGUGAUGUGGUGAGGCUGUUCCAUGCAGAGCAAGAGAAGUUCCUCACUAUGGACGAGUACCAGAAACGGCAGCACGUGUUCCUGAGGACCACGGGUCGAUCCAGCGCCACCGCCGCGACCAGCAGCAAAGCGCUGUGGGAGAUUGAGGUGGUGCAGCACGACCCGUGCCGCGGCGGCGCUGGACACUGGAACUCCAUCUUCAGGUUCAAGCACCUCGCCACCGGACACUACCUGGCGGCCGAGGCGUGCAACCGCCCACACGACGGGCCACUAGAAGCGGGCGAGCCGGCCUACCAGCUGGUCCCUGUCCCGCAUUCAUCGGAGAUCGCAACACUUUUCGAACUGGACCCGACCACGAUGACGCACUCUGACGCCCCCGUGCCGCAGAGUAGUUACGUUAGAUUACAACAUUUAUGCACGCACACAUGGGUCCACUCAACGUCGAUACCAAUUGACAAAGAUGAAGAAAAACCGGUUAUGUCAAAGGUGGGGUGCUCGUUGGUGAAAGAAGAUAAGGAAGCGUUCGCCCUGAUAUCCGUGUCGCCGAGCGAGGUCCGGGAUCUGGAUUUCGCCAACGACGCCUGCAAGGUCCUCUCUGCGCUCUCCACCAAACUGCAGCAGGGCACCAUUGAACCUAACGAGAGAAAAGCACUGACGUGUCUGCUUCAGGACAUAGUUUACUUCAUAGCGGGCUUCGAAAACGAACCGAAUAAGUCUGAAGCCUUAGACCUGGUCGUCGAGAACCCGCACAGAGACAGACAGAAGCUAUUACGCGAACAAUACAUACUGAGGCAGCUGUUCAAAAUAUUACAGGGUCCGUUCCAAGAGCCAGCCGACGGGGAGCCCUUCCUCAAGAUCGAGGAGCUGAACGACACGCGCUACGCUCCCUACAAGAACAUCUUCCGGCUCUGCUACAGGAUCCUGCGGCUCAGUCAGCAGGACUACAGGAAGAACCAGGAGUACAUAGCGAAGCACUUCGGGUUCAUGCAGAAGCAGAUAGGGUACGACAUCCUAGCUGAGGACACGAUCACCGCCCUGUUGCACAACAAUAGGAAGCUUCUGGAGAAACACAUCACAGCAUCCGAAAUCGAGACCUUCGUAGGUCUGGUCCGAAAGAACAUGCGCACCUGGCAGUCCCGGUUCCUGGACUACCUGAGCGACCUGUGCAUCUCCAACAAGAAGGCUAUUGCCGUCACGCAGGAGCUCAUCUGCAAGAGCGUGCUCUGCGCCAACAACUCCGACAUACUCAUCGAGACCAGGCUGGUAUCCAUUAAAUAUAAAGAAAAAGGAAAGAUGUCGGACCCCGAUGAAUCCAAGUGCAGCGUGGAGCAGAGAGUCAUGCUGUUCUGGAACAACAAAAAGAAUCAAAGAUACUUGACGGACCUCGCGGCCGAGGCUCGCCUGGACCCCAACAGCGAGGCCGCCGCCAUCCUGGACUACUAUCGGCACCAGCUCGACCUGUUCUCGAACAUGUGUCUCAACAGACAAUACCUGGCGCUCAACACGCUGUCCCCACAGCUCCACAUCGACCUCAUAUUGUUGUGCAUGUCGAACUCGUCUCUGUCGUACGAGGUGCGCGCGUCGUUCUGCCGGCUCAUGCUGCACCUGCACGCCGACCGCGACCCGCAGGAGCCGGUCACGCCCGUCAAGUACGCGCGCCUCUGGACCGAGGUCAUCGACCGCAUACACAUCCACGAUUACCAAUGCGUGAAGGGCGGCCCGGACGCGAACAGAGAGAAGGUAAAGGAACAAUUCGCUCGAACGAUACGUUUCGUUGAGAAGUACCUCUGCAACGUGGUCAGCAGGACCUGGUACUUCAGUGACCACGACCAGAACAAGUUGACCUUCGAAGUGGUCAAACUCGCCCGGGAACUCAUUUACUUCGGAUUUUACAGCUUCAGCGACCUACUCCGUUUGACGAAGACUCUGCUCAGCAUCCUGGACUGCGUCACCGCCAUGGAUCUCCUCAACGAGACCAACGCCCUGUCCGGGGAGGUCGAAUCAACACAAGAGAAGGAGUCGCCACAGCCCGAGGGCGGUGUACUCAGGAGCAUAGGUGACAUGGGAGCCGUUAUGACUUCGAUAACACUCGGAUCUGUCGCUAGAAACGCCCCUCAGGCCGACUCCGACUACUCAUUCAAUAUCGACGACAAUGAGGAAAAUUAUAAGAACGAUUAA